AUGUCUAUCCUCUCAUUUGAGGAACUUAGCUUGAAAGAUGAUUACGCUCUGUCACCAACUCAGUCGCAAGACUCAGACACAGACUCGGAGUCGGAUGACAACAUGAAGGUCAACAAGGAGAUGACUGUAGCUGAGGUGUACACGCAGGCCUGCAAGCUGGUGGGGGUGGUUCCAGUCUCUUACUUUAUUCGAAACCUCGGCUCUCCAAAUAUGGUCCUCACCCAUCACGGGUUAGGACCUUUAGGCUGCAAGGCACUUGCAAUAGCUUUAGUGUCUGAUAUGCACAUCAACACUCUGGAACUGGCAGAUAAUCACAUUCAAGCUGAAGGAGUCAAAUAUCUGCUGGAGCUGUUGAGGGCUAAUUUUACCAUUCAGCACCUGAAUUUAUCCAACAACCAUUUAAAAUCUGAAGGAGCUGAGCAUGUGGCUAAAAUGUUACUUGACAACAUUUCACUAAAAUCUAUAAAACUUUCCGGAAAUGGAUUCACGGAUGAUGAUGCAAAACAUUUUGCAGAUUCAUUGUCAGCCAAUUCCAGGAUCAAAGAACUUGACCUGAGCCAUAAUGAGUUUUGUGAAAAAGGAGGGGAGUAUUUGGGACAGCUGAUGGCAAACAACGAAGGCCUAGAGGUGCUCAACCUCAGCUGGAACCAUCUAAGGAUGAAAGGUGCUGUGGCUUUUAGUGCUGGACUGAAGGUGAACACGAUGGUAAAACACCUGGACUUAUCGUGGAACGGUUUUGGGAAUGAAGGAGCCUUGGCCAUGGGUGAAGCCCUAAAAUACAACAACUCUCUGGUGCAUCUGAACUUCAACAACAACUGCAUCACCAACGAGGGUGUCAGCAUGCUGUGCAGGGGUCUCGAAUAUAAUGACACGCUUCGAGUCCUACUGCUGGCUUAUAACUCUUUAACAGUAGAGGGUGCGCUGGCCCUCGUCAAUAUGUUGAAGAACACGCCUAAAACUGCCCUGGAGGAGAUCAACAUAUGUAAUGUGUUGGUCAAUGAGAACUUUGUGAAUCUUUUGGAGAUUGCAUGUCUGGAGCAUCCUGGUCUGGAUGUCCAGUAUGAAGGGGUGGGGGGCUUCAUGGCUAAGAAGCCACCGAAACGAGUUGAUCCAAUGAAAGUUAUUCAGGAUUAUCUUGAUAGCCGCAAACUGCGUCUGUGGGAUUUUUUUCGGAAUAUUGACAAAGAUGGCACCAUGCGAGUUCCUGUCACCGACUUCAGGAAGGCGGUUCAGCACUCAACCAUUCCUUUGAGUCGGUACCAGAUUGAGGAGCUGAUUCAGAGGCUUGAUCAUGACGGGACAGGAAUAGUGGACUACAGGGGGUUGGCAGAUACAAGGAAGCAAAUGAUGAGAGAUCACAGACAGCAGCUCAAGAAAGUAGAGUCUCGUCAGAGGAAAGAGAAGCAGAAAAGUGAUCGCAUCCUCAAAACCUUCCAGAGCGCUGUGGAGGCAGUCACACCUCGCAGCUCCAUCAUUAUAUCUCCUGGAGGGGCCAAAGAAGAGUCAAGUGGCCCUCAACCAUUUUCUGCCACCCCUCUCAGCUCUUGGCACCACAUUAUGUCAGACCGCAGUCGCUAUUCUGUUACUAAUCUGAGCAACGAGCACGUCCAUCUGCCCAUGCCGGGGGGCACCUCGCCUUACCGCCCCACUAGCUCCUCGAUGCGGUCCUACUCCCAACCCAACCUGCUGGCUGACUCCCUUCACUCUGCACCAGAUCAGGGUGUUUUCUCUGAUCCAGACAUGAACCACAGCGAACUCAGUCCUACUGCUAACAGCCUGACCAGGUCUAGGCCUGCUCUUCACGCUGAACAGCCAAAGAGCAACGCUAAAACCAAGAAAGUAAAGAAAAGAAAACCUAAGAAACGUUUAGAGAAAGUUUCAAAAUAUCCUAGACAUUCUCUCAAGUGA